GAUGCAAGUGUAAUGAGUUAUUUCAGGCUUCUGAGAACUGCUAUUACCAGGCGACACCUCGGGACCUCUCAGGUUUUCCGCAGAGCGGGGACGGAGGAGCGCCUGUCGCAACAAGUCACCACCGACCUUUUAGUUUUGGGUGGCGGCAAGCGACUUCGGGUGUCGUGGGACAGCAGUAGGACCAGCCAGAGCGUGUUCCACUCGGUGUGGCUGCGGAGAAACUGUCAAUGCACCCAGUGCCUGAGUCUUUACAACCAAAACGUCGUUAGAUCCCACGAAAUGGACCCUCGAGUGGCCAUCAUCCAUGCGAACCUCACAGGAGAGGGAAAGGUGAAGAUGAAGUGGUCAUGUGGUCAUGAAGGUCACCUGAACCUGGACUGGUUGAGGAGAAACUGCUACUCUGCCAGGACUCUGAAAGAGGCCCGCAGAAACUCCACACCAAAGUACUUACAGGAUACACUGCCCGAGAUAGACUCUGAAGAACUAAAGGAAGAGUAUGGAGUUUGGAGGUGGCUGAAGGCAGUGAGCGAGUAUGGAGCCUGUUUGCUUAAAGGCAUUCCAUGUACAACUGAGGAAGGUUUGGAGAUCACCAGAAAAGUGUCGCCUCACCUCCAGGAAACCUUCUAUGGAGGGCACAGUGUUGUGAAAGUGGAGGAGAAUCCAAUGACACUAUGCCACGGACCAGGCCACAUAGAGCCACACAUGGAUGUACCAAUGUACGAGUCGCAGACUGGACUUACUCUCCUCCACUGUUUGAGGAAUGACAGUUGUGUCAGUGGAGGAGACACCAUAGUGGUGGAUGCUCUAGCUGUGGCUGAGAAACUGAGGCUCACUCAUCCUAACCACUUUGCCACUCUUGUCAGAGUCCCCGUCACCUUUCAACGUGUCCACUAUGAUAGGGAAAAAUCCUGUGCAUAUGACAUAUCGAACACCACACAUCCAGUUGAAUGGACAUGGACAGAUUAUCAAGCUCAGAUGGGCCCCUCAACAUGAAGGCCCUCUACACACUUCAGAGGAAGAUGUUGACCGGUAUUAUGAGGCACACCUGUGCUUUGCAAAAGCAUUGCAUAAUGAGAAUGAGUCAAAGGUACUGUAGCUAUAAUAAAGAGCAACUCCUGAGUGUAUAGAGCAAGGAGUGUGUGUCAUUGACCCUCGGCGCGCAUGCGCAGCGAGGGUUACGGUAGUUGGGUUGCUGUCGGUUGUGUGUGUGGUGUGUCUGUCGUUACUCGUCAUCUCACUUCUCGAGUGUUCGUUCGUCUCACAAAGGAUACCACCUACUGAACGGGCAAUGAAGCUUCACCACAGAUUACAGCCAGGAGAAAUGCUAGUGUUGAACAAUCACAGAAUGCUGAAUGGACGUAUUGCUGUACGUCUGAAUGGAGGAGCCAGAUUACUCAAUAAUUUCUCAAUCAACAUUGUUGAGUUCAAGAGCCGUCUCCAGGUGUUGUGCAGUAUGACCCAGACUACCAGACUAAGAACACCUUCAACUACGACUUUUCCUUCUCUACUGCCACCUUUGCUGCUGAUGGAUUGACAUCAUCACAGACAUAGGACAGUCUCUCAUUUUUAUAUACUAAUAGGGUUUUUCUACUUUUUACCGAUUCCUUUAUGGAUCAGUUGUUUAAUUAUUUCGCUGACAUCUUGAUCAUGUUUAAUGUUUUUUCAUCUCCCUGUGAA